AUGCCUUCUCUCAAAGACAUCUCAGCAUCCUUGCUGCUUGCUGGCCACGCUGCCAUCAGCAAUCUUCCCGACAAUGUAUUCAACGUUCCCCUGACGCGGAUCAUGAACCUGGAGUACUACGGCAUGGAGUUUGAGGUUGGAAACCCUCCUCAGCGAUCAUUCCUCAAGAUCGAUACUGGCAGCCCCACGAUCGGCUUCAUUUCGCCGCGCAGCAACAUGUGCCUGCGACCGGAAGCUCCGUGUGAUCCUCUGGGAUCCUACGAUAAUCUCACCUCGUCAACAGCUGUGGUGGCAUUCCCAGGCAGCUAUCCCAACUACAACGAUGGCCUGCUUGACGGCGGUAGAGGUAUCUUUGUCAAUGACACGCUUCGAUUUGUAGGCGUGUCCGUUGAUGACUUUUGUUUUGGCUCGACCGACAGCUUCAACCUCGCCGUACGGCUUUCGCAGUCCAACCCCUUUGCAGGCAUCAUGGGCCUGAACGCCUUGUGUUUCACCGGACCGCAAUGCGAUGUCUACCCGACAUUGGUUCAGCAGCUUUCGGACCGUGACAUUUUGAAAACUCGUGCGUUCAGCAUCUAUUUGGGCCCGGACGAACCGGACGCGACUGGCCAUCUUCUCCUGGGCGGUGUAGACGAAGCCAAGCGGGACGGUCCGGCCUUCACACAAAAGCUAGAUAGUCCAUGGGAGGUUGAGUAUUCGUCCUUUGCGCUGGACAAGGGUGGAGAGAAGACGGUGUGGGACAUAGAACCCGGAACCACAGUCAGUUGGGACACGGGUGCGGCCUAUUUUGGCCUGCCAACCGCUGUUUUUAACGCUGUUGCCACCGUUCUUGAACUCCCUGCAAAUGUUACCUCGAUGAAAGAUCCGUACGAGGUGGACUGCAAGCACCGUGACAUUGUUGACACAAUCCUUGAAGUCGGAUUCCCAGGUAACGGGACCAUCAAAAUUCCCGUGGGCCGCCUGGUCACCACGCUUGAGUCGGGCAAAUGUGUCACUUAUGCACUGAACGGAAUUGGUGGCUCUGGGGAGACGGACAUUGCAACUAACUUUGGAACGCCUUUCCUCCGCAGCGUUUAUGCAACAUACAACUUGGACACAUUGGAGCUGACUUAUAGCCAGGUGAAGUAUACAGAUGAGGAGCACAUUGUGGCGAUUCCCGCGGCUAGUGAGAAAAGCUAA